UUCCACGUGACGGGCGGCGGCCCCGGCGCCGGCCCCGGCCCCGGUCCUGGUCCCGGCGGGAUGGGUCCCCGCGAUCGCAUGUUCAAGGUGCUGGUGGUCGGGGACGCGGCCGUGGGCAAGACCUCGCUGGUGCGGCGCCUCGCGAGCGACAGCUUCAGCCGCCAGUACAAGUCCACGGUGGGAGUGGAUUUUGCUCUGAAGGUGGUCCAGUGGUCGGAGUCGGAGAUGGUGCGGCUUCAGCUCUGGGACAUCGCAGGGCAGGAACGCUUCACAUCCAUGACCCGGCUGUACUACAGGGAGGCCUCAGCCUGUGUUAUCAUGUUCGAUGUCACCAACAUCAGCACGUUCAGCAACAGCCAGAAGUGGAAGCAGGAUUUGGACAGCAAGCUCCUGCUGCCAGAUGGGAACCCCGUGCCUUGCCUGCUGCUGGCUAACAAAUGCGACCUCUCCCCGUGGGCAGUGACAAGAGAAGAAGUGGAUCGGUUCAGCAAGGAAAAUGGCUUUUCUGGCUGGGUGGAGACGUCUGUGAAGGAAAACAAGAACAUCAAUGAGUCCAUGAGAGUCCUCAUUGAAAAGAUGAUGUCCUCAUCCACUGGUGAUGGAAGUUCCUCUGCUGCCAGGAGCGGGGAUUAUAUUAACAUAAAAGAGCCAACCCCGCGAGGCUGGGCUUGCUGUUAGAGCACUGACGGGGCUGUCUGCUUGGCUCUAGCAGCAAUGUCCUCCUGUUGUUAGCACCAUCGUGUUUUCCUAACCUGGCUGUCAGUGGUUUUGGGGUUACUUUUGUUACCUGCUCACGAGCUGCCUUGUGUUCAGUGCAAACUCCUCCUCAGCAGAGCAUCGCUACAAUGACCUGGAGCGAGGAGUGGAAAGAAGAGAGGAGUGAGAACAUUCCUCUUGCUCUUGUGUAGCAGCAACUGGGAGCUCUGCUGUUUGCGAUGGAGCACGGUCCGUGUUCAAGCAUGUGGCUUGGAUUAAUUUUAACUGAUUUGGAGCACUUCAGCCCCUGCCACGUGCUGGCCUCGAGCAGGGCGAAGGAUGGCAAAGGUAUAUUUUUAAUACUGUUGCACCUUUUAUUCCCCACUGCCUGCACCCACCAUAGCCAAGGGCACCAGUCCCAAGCAUUAAGUGACCUUCAUUCCAUGCACACUCUCUAUACCUGUGGAUUCCCAGCGUGGGAUUGCAGCAAACACUUUUCCUUGUGCUUUGGAACUACAGACCUCUGCUUACACAUGCUGGAGGGACCAACACAGCUCUUCAUUGCCAGUAACUGCCCUUAGGAUGGGGAGCCAGAUGUGGAUGAGCUGGUGUCCUGUGUAACCAGACCUGUGAAAUCACUGGUGUGAUUUGAGAAAUGGGGUAGCACAGCCCUUGCUUUUGUACAUCCCAACUGUGGUGCUUUACAGCAGAGACCUCAGGCGUUCAACAAGAAUCACCCAGUUGCCUCUGUCCCUUCUCACUCAGCCUCUGUCUAGCACAAUCCCAUGUCUUCUGUUCUGCUGCCACUUUCUUAGGGCAUGGAGAGUGGAAUGAGGAAUAGGUUGUAAACUCCUUUGUACGAUGGAACAACAGUCCUUUUCACUCAUAGCACACCCUGUAGCCUACCAUCUCAAAUAGCUUUGCAAUUGCUGAUGAAUUGCUUUCCCAUAACUGUUCUGUAGCCGGGAGUGAAUUUGGUGGCAGGGCUGACGUGGGACAGGGAGCUCCCUGAAAGCCCACCCGCUGGUUUUAGUGGUGCAAGGGGGGAGCAAAGAGAAGACUUUGCAGGACAGGAAGGAAAUGAAGAGCACAUCCCCAGCUACUCGCUGGUGAGAGUGGUUCUUGCCAACAGCAAGAAUAAAUUGGUAAAAGCUGACUAGAUAGUUACCAUGUUUAAAUUGGUUUGUCCUCAUUCCUGCUAAGGGAGGACUGUGUUCCUCUGGCAAAGUCUUCCUUCUGCCUCUCUUUGCUGACUUUCUAUCACCUGUGGAGGGAGAAGGUGGUAAGAAGGUUGGUUGCCUUCACUAAGGACAUUAAAAUGUGGGGUUUCACUCUCUGGAGUUGAAAAGGAUUGCUAAGGAAACCGUGAGGGCUGAGAAAUGGAGAACUGGUGUUCUGUUCCACUGUGUUAAAUGUCUGGGCUAGGAUUCCGUCAUGCAAAUACUGCCAAAUUUGGCUUUAUGGGCACUUAAACAUACCCUUUUCUGUGCCAUUGGAUUCACUGUAGAAACACGUGAAACGUGUAGAAGUGGUGAGCGACCAAAUGGAACUGUCUAGUUGAAUUUUACUUCCUAAAUACUGUGUUAAAAAGACAAAAAAAGUCAUUUUUUUAAUGCUAUAAAUCUUUCUAGUUCUUUAUAUGGAACGUGGGAAGAAGGGUCUAGUGUUUUAAAGGCUUUGUCAUUUAAGCUUCAUGUUUUAUUUAUUGAUUUCUCUCUAUGCACUUCAAAAGUGUUUCAGCAAAGAGAUCGAGUGUUAGAGCUGUCCUUAUGGAUGGGGAAACUGAGGCACACGGUGGGAAUCUCUGCCCAGGACCCACUCCCUGAGGUCAGAGCUUGGCACUGAAAAGAAGAUUCCUAAUUCCUGUCUCCAUGAUCCAGCUGCUCGUAUGUCUUGUAGGAAAGUGCCUUUAUACCUUGUGCAUGUUGGUGUGAUUCGUGCCAGUGCCUUUUUGGUGUUUGGACCUUCUUACCUGUAUUUCUUCUUCCCAAGUGCCUCUAAAAAGCAAGCAAAAAGCCAAAGAAAGCUCUUUCAAGGUCGUCUUCCAUGAUACAUGAUUUCUGCUCUGCCCGGUGGUUUCCAGGGCCGGUGUAUGCCUUGGCCUUGGUUUUCCUCCCACACUGGUUGCUGCUUGUUCACAUCUUACUAAACACAGCAGCCAAGUGUCAGGAAACAAGUGUGCACAACAGAAAGAGUCAUUGCUUGAGAUGGGCAUAACCCAACCAGACAGGAAAAGGAUUUGACUGUGCAGAUGCAGCUUGCUCUGGGGCACAUAAAGUGCUCAAAAAAGCAAACCAAACCAAACCAACUCCCCCUUUGAUAUAGUGCUGUGAAACAAAGGGGUUCAGAAGUGCUCCUUGCCGGGGCAGGCAGUGUGGGAGGAACACUGUGAAAUGGGUUGUGCCCAGCUUGUCCUGCUGGAAAUGGUUCUGCCUUUUCAAACACCUGAAAGGGAAAAGCCAACUUGGAGCAAAGCAGUUUGCAAGAAGUAUUUUAAACCAAGUUAAGCCUCGUUCGUGCAGAUGGAGAAAAACUUGAAUCUUUCAAAUAGGAAUCAGGAAAGUUUUAGCUUGAUUGUGAUCAACUCUGCUCCACCGGUGCCUGCAGCAGGAAGGAAAAUGCACUUGAGUUCCCCUUCUGCUGUGCCUGCUUUCACUGUGUAUUCUCUGUGUGACUCUGAGCCAGCUGCACCUAUUUCCCUCUCUUCCACGUGGUGUUUCUCUUUCCUGUAACUUUCAUUUGUGGUCGUGGGACUCCAAACCACAUGAGGUGUAAGGGUGUAUUUUAUACAUUGAUGACAGCACGCUGGGGGGCCACAUAGCUGGGUACUUUUCCUGUAAUUGAAUCUGAAAGCGUGAGGGCGGACUAUAGUUCAGAAAUAAGUCAAUAAUAGUAAAACUUAGCCUUGUUUUUGUUUGUUUAAACCACUUGCUGUUGCACAGAAGUAUUUUAGAGACAGGGUUCUGAUUACUGUAACGUUGCAGUAUUACCAUGUUGAUUAUAAAGAGAAGAAACUGCUGGGAGGUUUUCUCCAUCUCAAUCAGUCACUGAUGCAGUGGUGCAGAGGUUUGAAAUAAAAGCUUGACAUUG